AUGAUUGACAAUGUAUAUGGCAAUCCCUUUAAAGGAGAGAGGACCACAAUUUUAAUCAGGAACAGUCUUAGUUACAACAAAUGGCUCAAGGCACAUUGUAAAUCCGGGAACAAUGAUAUGGGUGUUCGUUAUCUAAAACCGCAACAAGAUUACGAUUUCGGGUUCCGCGAUAACGUUUUGGGAAACACGCUUUUCUGGUGUUCCGUAAGCAAAGGACCUGAUUACAGGAAAAGUACCAUCAAGUUUGAAGCCUAUAAACAAGACAAGGGAGAGCCUCACGGAGGCUCGUACAAUUAUCUAGUUAAAGAGGAUGGGAUAUAUCACAGUAAUUUUGUGGAUUUUAAACUUAAGAAAGUGUAUAGUUGGAACUAA